CCGCCACUCAGUGAAAUCCGCUCGAGCUCUGCGCCCCUUUGUUUUCUGCUGCACCGGAAAAACAUGCACAGCCGGCCGUCGCACAACCGGCUAUCUGGCUCGGCUUUCCACUCUCGGAUUUCAGCUCUCUUGCUCGCCAUGGUCUCCACCAUGGCCGCCAUCUACGUCGCCGGCCGAUUGUGGCAGGAUGCUGCCGAUAGGGUUUAUUUGAUUCAGGAGCUUGAUAAAAGAAAUGGUCAGGGUCAAUCUGCUAUAGCCGUAGACGACACACUUAAAAUUAUAGAGUGCAGGGAGCAACAGAAGCAGUUGUCCGCCCUUGAGAUGCAACUGGCUGGGGCAAGACAGGAAGGUUUCGUUCCAAAGAGCUUGUCGAAAAAUGAGGGGGCUCAUUCUAAGAAGAAGCUUUUAGCUGUUAUAGGAAUUAUUACAACAUUUGGCCGCAAGAAGAAUAGGGAGGCAAUUCGUAAGGCGUGGAUGCCGACAGGUGAAGCUCUAAAAAGAUUGGGAGAUGAAAAGGGCAUCAUUGUGCGAUUUGUAAUUGGAAGAAGCCCAAAUCGUGGAGACAGUUUGGACAAGGAAAUAGACAAGGAAAAUGACCAGACCAACGACUUUAUUAUUCUGGAUGAUCAAGUGGAGGCAUCUGAGGAGCGGCCAAAAAAGACAAAAUCAUUCUAUAUUCAUGCUGUAGAGAACUGGGAUGCUGAAUUUUAUGUUAAGGUCAAUGAUGAUGUUUAUGUUAAUCUUGAUGUCCUGGGAGCAACUCUAACUACUUAUAUAGAUAAGCCUCGUGUCUAUAUUGGGUGCAUGAAAUCAGGCGAAGUCUUCUCUGAACCAACACACAAGUGGUAUGAGCCAGACUGGUGGAAAUUUGGCGAUGCAAAAUCAUACUUUAGACAUGCUUCUGGUGAAUUGUAUGCCAUUUCUAGAGCCUUAGCUCAGUUUAUAUCAAUAAACAGGUCUAUACUACGUGCUUAUGCUCAUGACGAUGUUAGUGCUGGAUCAUGGUUUAUUGGGCUUGAUGUGAAGCACAUUGAUGAACGGAAAUUUUGCUGCUCCUCUUGGAUGCCAGGAGCAAUAUGUACAGCCGUGUAAUCUAACAUGCCCAACAACUAUUGAUUCAACCAGUACAUUGUGAAGGGGAAGGCCCUUCGUUUAGAGCAAUGCCUUCUUCGACCAGAUGAUUCAAGCAGUACAGAAUGAUUUAUUCUGCCCCAACUUGAUUCGAGCAGCCUUGAGCAAAGAGGUUACGUUAGAAUUGAUUUCUCUAUGCUGCUGGUCGAAAUUCUCUCGGAAGUUCCAGAUGCUGUUAGCAUAGUUUUCGCCCUCGUAGUUACUGAAAGUCCGGUGUCAUUCUUACUUUUUCGUCAUACCUGCAUCAGUACCGUAAGAGUUCACCUUUGAAUUUCACUAAUUUAACAUCUAUACGUAUGGAACGAUUACUAGAGAGACAAUUUUUGGUUGUUGAUAAUAUACGAACUUGGUGCAAGCAUUGGUUUCA